CCGGAGUUGAAAAGCGACAGGAGCGCAGGGUCAUGCUGGACGACGACCGCGCAGCCAUCGAAAAGUGGUCCCUGGAGCUGCAGAGCUGUCCGACGAGCAUCUCUGCAUUGAGGCAUCGUGGCGCGGCGUAUCUGCAGCUCGGCCAGUCUAAAGACGCAGAACAAGACGCCCGAACGUGGCUAACCUUGCAGCCAUCGUCGGGUCUAGCCUUCGGAUUGCUGGGAGAAGCCCUCUUGCAGCAGGCACACAACGACGACGCGGUCAAAGCAUUCAAACACGCUGUUGCACUGGAUGCGAACGAUGCGUCUUUACAAAAUGGCUUGCAUCGUGCGAGGGUAGCUGUCUUGGACGCGCUGGCGGAAGACGACACUGUUCCAGCCUUUCAACCAACUGCGAUUCCUGUCAUUGUAGUAAGCGCCAGCACCCAGCCAGCGACAACGCCACCGUCCGCUCCAACAUAUCCAGUCUCGUCAGCAAUGCAAUCGAACGACGAUACAGCUUCCACCCAACCAUCCGCCUCCUUCACCACACAAAUCGUUGCCACACCUCCCACUACGUUGUUCACUCCUGUGUCUCCAAAGAGCGUCGUGGUCGCAUUGCUACUGGAUAUCCUGAACAAUUUGUCUUCUGCAAGUCCCCAGCUCUUGCAAAGUAGUUUGUGCUUCGCGGUUGGCGUCGCGGCAUGGUGCAUGCAUCGGGUUCGCGUGCUCAGCGUGGUUGUGGGCCUCGCAACAGCUCUCAUCCUCGUCCCCACUUGUCGGCGGUGCAUCAUGGACUUCUUUACACGACGCUUGACACGAUGGCUGGCCAAGUCCUCGAACAAGCUCUACGACGUGGCCCUGCUUCCCUGCAUCCUGAUGUUAUUGCCGACGCUGCUUCGCUUGAUUGGCCUCGUCAACUUGUUCUCCUUCAUCCACAAUGACCUGUCCUUGGCAUGCGGCGUCGUGUUGUACCUGACCACGGCGCUGUUCUUGACGCGCGAGAUGCACCCGAAGCUUGUCAAAGCAGGUCUUCACGUCAUCGUCGUGCUGUAUUGGGUGGUGCUCAUGGGCCACACUCCCGACUUGUUUCGGUUUAUUCCGCCUGUCGCAUUGGAGCUCGCAGGGUACUGUCUCGAGUCAAUUUCCCCCGGUGCUGUACACGAUGCCACGAAGCGCGCUUUAGCGAAGCACGUGGCUGCCGCGUCGAGCCAACUCAACGUGUGGGGAUUGUUGGCGUUGGGGCACUGGGCCAUCGGUGCGUGCGCCAGCUCUCGAUCGUGCCGCGAUUCAUAUGAUGUGCUGGUAGACUUUUGGAAUCAACCGAGUACGUUGUCCGUGGACGACAUCGUGUCGACGUUUCAAACGUUCCAGACGUCGGCAGUCGAGUUGUUUCAAGCAGAAAUCCUCGCGCACCGCCGUCGCACAGGCGCCAUCGAUCCAGGCGACCGCGAUGAAUAUGCCAUCCUGGUCGCGUACGUGGCCAAGACAGUGCGGGACUUGCCGCCGCCGCGGGCGGUGGCUAUCCUGGUUGUUCUCGUCCGGCGAUGUGGUCACAUGGUCGUCUUUGCAUGGCUGGUCGUGUUUGGUGGCAAAGUGUGCUUUGCUCUGGUCCCGCUGAUGGUGCUAGAAUUGGACGAGUUGCGCAUGGUACGCCGCAUGUGCCAGCAAGAGGCUGGCGACACCAGCGACACACUCGACAUGAUUGGCAUGACAUCCCCGCCGCUCCUCGCCGUGUGGUCCAACCUGAAGGCAGGAGCAUACUGCUUGGAAUGCAGCGUUAUUGCAACUCAAACGGUCACUGCCGCGUCGUCGGCCGCGUCGCUCGCGUCGAAACUCAGCGGGUUGGCGACGACCGUUGUGUCGGUGCGGCGCGACGGCUUGGCACCGCAUGUCGAGUCGAUGCUGGACGCAACUUUAUCACUAUAUGAGUCAAGGCAUCUGGUGCGGCCGAUUUUGAAGGCUUGGGCGGGCGUGCUGGCCUUUUGGCAGCGACGGUCGUAAGCAGGAUCAAGUCUGGCGAUUUAUCUCGGGGUUUCCAUGGUGAAGAUGGCGCUGCCCAUGAACACGUAGCACUGCGGUUCGAUGACGGCUGCAAUUGAUUGCAUGCGCUUUUACGGAGGUUCCCAACGACCCGCGACCACAGGUCGUGCCCUCUCUCUUCUGCUGCAAUGAUGGUUGCGGUAGUCGAUGGUCGAGCGAGGGACGUUGUUGUGACGAUAUCCAUUAUUGUACAGAAGAGGUGGUCGACCUGCGCUAGGCCAUGCUAUGCCUUUCCUUCGUCUCCAUCGUCGCCCUCGUCCUCGAGCGGCAACCCAAUGGUGCUGGUUCUGCUCGAGCUGUCGCUAGCCCGCCGUUCGUCGCUUGCGUUCUCGGCGAUGGGGGCGGGUAGUGCGUUGGGCACAGGGGGCGGCGCAGGCGCAUCCGACACGGCAAUGUCGUCGCAACAUACUGUAAUCCACGGAUCAUGGUCGGG